CAACAAACUAUUAUAGUAAUUAAAGAAAAGGGUUGUGACUAUGUAGAUUUUAUCAUUCGAAUAUUGUAUUUGUAGUAAUUAACUUCAAAGAACCGGGCUAAAAUAAUGAAUUUAAAAGCGCGAUGAGUGCAUGAAAAUAUUAAAGGGUGAAAACAAGAUGUUGACCGAUCUUUUGAACAAGGAAUUGCCAAACUUGGAGAGCAGGCACGCUAAGGAGUCCAUCCUUCAGGCAGGUAGAAAUCUCUUACGUGUGAAAAUUAUCGCGAUUUAUCAUGGCUUGGGUGCCCUUGGAGUCGAAUCCAGAGGUUAUGACGAAGUUCCUCCACAAGCUGGGCGUUCCAAAGAAAUGGUCGGUCUUAGAUGUGUACGGUUUAGAGUCGGACUUGCUGGCAAUCGUCCCUAGGCCCGUUCUUGCCGUUAUUUUGCUUUAUCCUUUUUCGAAGAUUGACAAGGCUGAAGAGGAUAAAGCAGAAGUUAAGGAUAGCAAGAAUGAUGGUCCAGAUUCUGUAUACCAUUUGAAGCAAAAUAUCUCAAACGCAUGUGGGACAAUUGCGUUACUUCACAGCGUAGCGAAUAAUUUGGACGUCAUACAAUUGGAGGAUGGCUUUCUCAAGAAGUUCUUAGAUGAAACCAAAGGACUCUCAUACGCUGAACGUGGAGAGCGUUUAGAAAAAUCGCAGGAAAUUAUUGAUACUCACAUGGAAUCUGCCCGGGAAGGACAGACUGAGGCACCAGCUGAGGAUAUGGAGGUGUACCACCACUUUGUCGCGUUUGUACAUAAGGACGGUUCCUUGUACGAGCUAGACGGUCGAAAGCCUGCUCCUAUCAAUCAUGGCUCAACUACACCGGAGGCACUUCUGGACGAUGCUGCCCGCGUGUGCAAGGAAUAUAUGGAACGCGAUCCCAAAGUUAAGAAACCACCAUUCUAAUAUGGAAUAUAAUCUGUCUGAAGCAGCACAAUCGAUUAUCGAAAACAGUAAGCUGAACGACAGAACUCUGAGCGGUAAGUUGUACGAGAUGGAAAGGCCUUUGUCGCAAUUU